CUUAUCAUUCAAAAUGGCGGCUGCAAGAUGGUCUUUGCUUGUGCUCGGAAUAUUGGUUCAUAUCAUUUAUCUAGCUUCCAUAUUUGAUAUUUAUUUUACUUCUCCACUAGUUCAUGGUAUGACGCCUCACAAAUCAACUCUUGAACCGCCAGCUAAGAGGCUAGUGUUAUUUGUUGCUGACGGUUUGAGAGCGGACAAAUUUUUUGAACUCGAUCAACGCGGAAAAAGUCGUGCGCCAUACCUCAGAGAUUUGAUAGAGAAGAAAGCAAGCUGGGGUGUGUCACACACAAGAGUUCCUACAGAGUCACGCCCUGGACAUGUUGCCCUUAUAGCUGGAUUUUAUGAGGAUGUGAGCGCUGUCGCUAAAGGUNAAAUUUUUUUUUUCUUUUUCUUUUUUUUUUUUUUUUUUUGUAGCGGGAAGGGGUGGGGUCACUUGUCACGUGUUGGGCUGAGAGAAUGGCUUUUGUGCUGGUUUGUCGUUUUGCAGAGCAUCUGUGUCCAUGGCAGUUUUGUUUUGAUUGGCGCUGAUAUUCUUUGAUGGCCUUAAAUCAAGGAUAAAUUGAGCCAUAAUAUAUAUGUUACAAGUUAAAAUUAAAUUCAGGUUAAAUUUUUUAACCUAGGUUGAUUCUCAAUUUUCUUUGUCUCGUAACCCCAAUUAUUCAUGAGUUCAGGCUAGGAGACAAAGGAAAUUUAGAAUCAACUAAGGUUAAACCUGAACUUAAUUUUAACCUGUUGCAUAUAUACAUGUAGGGCCGUUAUUUAAACGGAGUUUAACCAGUGUUUAACAAAACUGUGUUCUAAGUCAUUUUCAGUUUACCCAACACUUUUAUCUAAGCAGCAUUUGUUGUGAACAGCAUAUAGUGUAGACUAAAAAAAAUUUAUCGUCUUAAAUUGACCCACUAAAGAAGAUAUCUGGAGAUCCAAAGAUUUCUUAAACUGCAGUCUAAGUUAGACCUCGUUUAAAUAAUUGACCUCUAAUGGCCUAGCCUUGUUAAUAAGGUGUGGUUAAAAAUUUAUUUGAUGUAGGGGUUUUAAACCAGUUCAAUUUUUUCCCCUCCUUGUUCCAGUUUUGUGCGAAUGGCAGUUUUCAUACUGAAGGACAAAUCGUCUGGAUGGACAAGUCAUCUAGUGUUAAAAUUGGACAAAAAAAAUUUUAGACACCAGUUCUCUGAUUUUGUUUGCCAUUUUGUCCAUCCUUCUUCUUUUUCUUGGUCAACAUUUUUGCCUAGACAGACAAGUUGUUAAAAGACCAACCAAAAUUCAGACCAGAGUAAAAAAAUGGCUGAUGUCCUGUCUGUCCAGAAAAAAAUGGUGACUGUAAAAAAUGCCCUUGUCUAAAAAUGAUUAAGUCCAAUAGUGGCUUCACAGAGCAGAUGUGCACAGUUCGCUCUUUCCAAGGCAGGCACAAUUGGGAUUGUCCAAUCUAGACAGCCAAAGAAAAUGACUGUGGUACAUGGCAAGGGCCAACUGUAGGUAUAUCAUUUUGGUUGGGUGUCUUUUAGAGGGGUCUAUAAAGAGAUGGGGUACAUAGAUUUUUUAAUUAAUAUUGCUAAUUUCCUGUUUUAUGUAAUACUUCCUACAGGCUGGAAAGAAAACCCAGUAGAGUUUGAUUCCACAUUCAAUGAAAGCCGCUACACAUGGGCGUGGGGAAGCCCUGAUAUUUUACCAAUGUUUGCCAAGGGAGCCUCUGGAGAUCAUGUGUUUACUUCCAUGUACCCAGAUAUUGCAGAGGAUUUUGCAGAUGAAGAUGCUGCUAAACUUGACACCUGGGUGUUUGAUGAGGUCAGGGGAUUCUUUGAUGGUGCAAGAACCAAUGAAACACUGAAGAAGAUGCUUUUUCAAGGACAAAUUGUAUUUUUUCUCCACCUGCUAGGUUGGUUGCUUGAAGAAGUUUCUAUUUAAAUUCAUCAAUAGCUUUGAUUCUCACUUGUUCAACAUAUAGUUUAAGAAUUUUUUUAUUGUGUAGUUUUACUUGUAUUUGACACUGAGCAUUCCAUACAUACACUGUUUACAGGUAUACCCAUUACAACUCCUGGAGGAAGAUCAUGAGGUUAUCCCUAUACUAAAAUCUCCCCUCACAGAUAACCCACCCAGUCCAGGAAAGGUUAUCCACACCUCCAAGGUCCACAUCUCCUAUUCUUUUCAGUGGUGUGGGUCUUUUAUGUUCCACGAGAACCAGAUAGAUGAAAGUAAUGUGAGACGAGACCUAUGGUUUUUCGUCCUUAUCCGAGAAGACUAGAAACUCUAACUGUUUUCAGAUGUCAUUACAAAGGCAGGACUUUCUUCUUAGUUAUUUAGAGACCCUGACCGAUGACCGGUGCUCUCUCAUCUGAGCUAAACAAACCAUGGGUCCUACUCAUUUUGAGCUGAAACAAAAAAUACUUUUAAAUGUUGAGCACUCCAAUGAAACCAUACCUGACAUUAGACCAUAAUGGGAAAAAUCUAUGCCUUUUUUCAUACCAAAACUGAAACACUAUACCCUUCGGGGUGGCACAUACGCAUAUACCUUAUAUAGGGGAGUUUCCCUUCCCCCUGCCCUCCCCAGGGUCAUGGGAUGGCCAUAAAAUGAAUCAGCAUGUGAAUCAGUCAAAUCAGUAUAGUCAAAGCUCUAGUAAGCAACCAUUACCUAGUGUUUGCUGAUGGAGUGCAUGAGAUUUUUGCUUAAAAGGAGUUCCAACUACUGUGGUGCUUUGACUGGAAAAACUGAUUUCUUUUAUUUUGGAUGGGUGGUCCUUCAUGAGGGCAAUGAGAAGUAGCCUGUUCCAGGCUCUCAGAUAGUGGGGAAGACGCGAAAGUGUAGGGCGCAGUUUCCUCGCAUUUUUUGGGGGGGGUUCGCGCUUUCUCAAUUCCGCUGGCCUGACUAUCUCGGAGCCUGGAACAGGCUAAAUGAGAAGUGGUUGCACAUAAAGGUUUAACUGUCAUUUUAAAAUUUUAGUAUUGUUUUUUUCAUUGACUUAGUGCAGCAUUAGUGUUGUGAGACUAGUUGUGCACACUUAUUACAGUCAAUUAUUCAGGGUGUCCAUUUAAUAACUUUACACACUUAAAAUACUUCAUGUAAGUGAAUUAGAAUUAAAAGAUAAGUGUAUCUUUGAAAAAUGAAUGCUUAACAGGACUUUUUUGAAUAGGAAUUGACACUAAUGGCCAUGCCCACAGGCCAACCUCGCAAGAAUACCUCAAGAAUAUUGCUGUAGUUGAUGCAGGAAUAAAAGAAAUUGAAAAACUGAUUGAAGAUUUUUAUGGCCAUGAUGGUCAGACAGCUUAUGUAAUGACAGCUGAUCAUGGUAUGACCAACUGGGGAUCUCAUGGAGCAGGGCAUCCACACGAGACACUGACACCAUUACUAGCAUGGGGGGCUGGAGUGUGUGUUGCCCAAGUUCCAGAAAACAACAGUCACAUCCCAGAUGUAACGUAUGAGUGGAAGCUGGCUCAUCUGUCUCGUAAAGAUGUCAGUCAAGCAGAUAUUGCACCCCUGAUGACUUCUCUGAUUGGUAGGUUUUAGAGGAGUUGUGUGUUGAUUGUGUGUUGUGUGUUGAAAUGUAGGNUGAGACUAGUUGUGCACACUUAUUACAGUCAAUUAUUCAGGGUGUCCAUUUAAUAACUUUACACACUUAAAAUACUUCAUGUAAGUGAAUUAGAAUUAAAAGAUAAGUGUAUCUUUGAAAAAUGAAUGCUUAACAGGACUUUUUUGAAUAGGAAUUGACACUAAUGGCCAUGCCCACAGGCCAACCUCGCAAGAAUACCUCAAGAAUAUUGCUGUAGUUGAUGCAGGAAUAAAAGAAAUUGAAAAACUGAUUGAAGAUUUUUAUGGCCAUGAUGGUCAGACAGCUUAUGUAAUGACAGCUGAUCAUGGUAUGACCAACUGGGGAUCUCAUGGAGCAGGGCAUCCACACGAGACACUGACACCAUUACUAGCAUGGGGGGCUGGAGUGUGUGUUGCCCAAGUUCCAGAAAACAACAGUCACAUCCCAGAUGUAACGUAUGAGUGGAAGCUGGCUCAUCUGUCUCGUAAAGAUGUCAGUCAAGCAGAUAUUGCACCCCUGAUGACUUCUCUGAUUGGUAGGUUUUAGAGGAGUUGUGUGUUGAUUGUGUGUUGUGUGUUGAAAUGUAGGGGAUAUGGUAAAUUUAAACAUGCAUUAUGUACUGAAAAGUAGGGCUGACAAAUAAUAAUAAUAGUAAUAAUAAUAAUCUUUAUUCAAUCGAUAAAAUACAUAUCGAAGGUUACAAAAGUCAUAAAAAUUAACUGAAAUUAAGAAUUACAAUAAUCAUAUUGCUAAGUUAUAAUUAAAGCAUAGCCUAUUUACUAAGCAGUUCUUAAAGCGCUCAGUGUUAACUAAAGAUAGUUGAAAUGUAGGUCUUGUGAUUGUUACUGUGUAGGAUUGGUCUGUAAAAAAUUAUUGAUAAGGUCUACUGUUAUUUCAUUCUAUCAUCAGGUGUUCCGUUUCCUCUGAACUCUGUGGGAGUUUUACCAGUGGAAUAUUUGAACAACACAGAAGAGUACAUUGCUGAAAACUUGUUCAUGAAUGCACAACAGAUUCUUGCACAGUAUGAAGUGAAGGAACUCUUCAGGAAAAAGACAUCAUUGCUGUUUCGGCCUUUCACCUCUUUGGCAGGUAAAGGAACAAGAGGUUUAUAUUAGUCGUUCAUUACGUUAAAAAGAUGUUUGACCACUUGACCCUUUUUUCGACAUUUUUUGCCAACUUUCAAUUCCAUUUUAAUUGUCUGACCGAUCCAACUGAUACUUUCAGAAUCUGUUAGAAGAUGCAGAACUCCCUAAUAUUUUCUUUCCCUCUGAAAUGGGGACAUUUGACCUCUAAGGUGUUGCUAGUGCGUUAUUUGCAGGGUAUUUAAUUUAUUGUCUCAGCUAGGUCUAUAAUGUCAAUACUUUUAAUGCUUCUUAUUCUCUAUCCUUAAUAGAAAUGGGCUUGCUUUGAAAGUAAGUUUGAAGAUUUAUGUACAGUGGCAGAAAAACGCUAUUCAUCGGGGAUUGAUUUCCUUUUUGAAUACUCCCCCAGGCUUACAAAACUGUCCCCGGGAAUUUUCGUAAUCGAUAUUGAUUUAAAUGCAAACAGAAAAGUCAUGUGAACUAAAAUCUAUUAUCUGGCCACCUUGCAUUCAUGGUGCAUUUUUUUCUUUUUUUGUCUUUUUUUAGGUGCAAAGAAAACCGGAAUGAUACGUGACAUAAAGGAAUUCUUGCGAAGCAAAAAGUAUGAAGAAGUUAUCAGCCUGAGUAGGGAACUUAUCCAGCUUUCUUUAGAUGGACUCAGUUAUUAUCAGAAUUAUGAUCGUGUUUUCUUGAAUUUGAUGGUCACUCUUGGGUUUUUAGGCUGGAUAUUCUGUAUAGUGCUACAGAUUAUCGAAGACCAUAGUGAUAUCCUAAAAGAAGCUUCCAAGCUGCGCAACAAACAAUAUCAUGCUUUGGUUAAAUCUUUUACGGUGGACAGUACAUCUCUUGGUUUAGGCAUUGUUAUAGUUCUGUUAUUGUUCAUUCAAAAAGCACCGUGGAUGUACCAUAGUUAUUGCUUAUUGCCGUUAGUUUUUUGGAACCGCAUUGCUAAAAGACUUCACAUGGUACAUGCUGCUUUGGAUUACAUCCAUGCGAAGAAACUGCAAAGCAGAGUUCUUUUUACGUUGAUGUUUGGUGCAUUCUCCUUAGAGAUUCUUGUAAUGAGUUUCUUUAGGCGUGAAAUUCUGUCAGUUGGCUUGGUUUGCCUGGCUGUUUGGCCGUUCAGUAACACGCUGUUUACAAACUGUAAGCUGUCAGUAGCCUGUUGGAUGGUACUUAGCCUCGCACUGUCUGUGUUCCCAAUGCUUCCAGUAGUUGGUCGUGAAGCAAACUACAUGUUAGUCUCCGUGGCGGGAGUAAUAACUUUGGUUUUGUUCACUGUCAUGUUGCUUUAUAUCUCAAACACUUUAAGUCUCCUCAAGACAGAAAUAUCAAAAUCUUGGAGAAUUUUGCUUCCUCAAGUGACGCUUGUGAUUCUGGCAGUGUACAUUGUCAAUAGCACCGCAUCAAACCUGCAGCUGAAACUUGGCCUCCCAGUCAUCAACCAAAUUGGAAGCUGGACAAUUUUCGUGUCUUCGUUUUUGCUGCCUCUUAUCAAUUCCAGUAAUUUGGUCAUCAGAUUUUCCAGUAUAGCCAUUGCGUUUUCCUCAGUUUAUUUGCUAAUGAGUACCGCUUAUGAAGGGCUGUUUUUGCUAGCCCUUUCCUUACUUAUGGGAGCGUGGAUUUUGUGUGAACACAAACUGUCAGGUAAAACGCUGAACUCACUCUUAGAGACCCAACUGAAUUAUGAAAGCUCUACAACAACACAUCAGCCAGCCUGGAAGGUUCUCACAGAAGGACUAAACUCUCCUGUCAUUAGAAAACUCACCCUAGAAGAUCUUCGUUGCGCUUAUUUCUUUGUCUUCUUCAUAAUCGUAGCUUUUUUUGGAACUGGCAACAUUGCAAGCAUUAACAGUUUCGAUCCAGCAUCAGUGUAUUGUUUCCUAACAGUAUUUUCACCAUUUGUUAUGGGUAGUUUGCUCCUCUGUAAGGUUCUUAUUCCGUUUGUGAUUGUAUCAUGUGCGUUUGAUGCCAUACACGUGGUUUUGUCAAUUCCAGUGCAGAGUCUUGUGCUUGUUGUUCUAGUGAUGACAGAUCUUAUGGGACUGCAUUUCUUUUAUCUUGUGAAGGAUUCAGGAAGCUGGCUUGAUAUAGGAACAAGUAUCAGUCAUUAUGUAAUUAUGAUGGCCUUUAUUAUAUUCCUGCUUCCAAUAUUUGGAUUAGCAAGACUUUUUACUGGAGCGUCUCUCUCGCUGGGCAUGAGCAAGAAAAAAGCAUGA